AUGGAAUUCGACGAGUCUUUUCCACUGGAUGCACCUGGAAUCUGUCGACCUCCGAGACCCUUGGCCAUCACCACGACUGCUCCGGAGCCUUCGGAUGACUUGACGGUACAGCUUGCAGCAGAUGCACGUUCUCUUCUGGCUGCCCUGCGUGCAGAUCAACAG